AUGCUGAGCUCAGUCUGCGUCUCGUCCUUCCGCGGGCGCCAGGGGGCCAGCAAGCAGCAGCCGGCGCCACCGCCGCAGCCGCCCGAGUCCCCGCCGCCGCUGCCCCCGCCGCCGUCACCGCCGCCGCUGCAGCAGCAGCAGUCUGCGCAGCCCGGCCCCGCCGCGUCCUCGGCGGGCCCCCCGGCACCUCGCGGGCCCGGGGGCCGGCGCGCCGAGCCAUGCCCCGGGCUGCCGGCGGCGGCCAUGGGGCGGCACGGCGGCGGCGGUGGCGACAGCGGCAAGAUCGUGAUCAACGUGGGCGGCGUGCGCCAUGAGACGUACCGCUCGACGCUGCGCACCCUGCCGGGGACGCGGCUGGCCGGCCUGACGGAGCCCGAGGCGGCGGCGCGCUUCGACUACGAUCCCGGCGCUGACGAGUUCUUCUUUGACCGGCACCCGGGAGUCUUCGCCUACGUGCUCAACUACUACCGCACAGGCAAGCUGCACUGUCCGGCCGACGUGUGCGGGCCGCUUUUCGAGGAGGAGCUCGGCUUCUGGGGCAUCGACGAGACCGACGUGGAGGCCUGCUGCUGGAUGACCUACCGGCAGCACCGCGACGCCGAAGAGGCGCUCGACUCCUUCGAGGCUCCGGACCCAGCGGGCGCAGCCAACGCCGCCAACGCCGCCGGCGCCCACGACGCGGGCCUGGACGACGAGGCGGGUGCGGGCGGCGGCGGCUUGGACGGCGCGGGCGGCGAGCUCAAGCGCCUCUGCUUCCAGGACGCGGGCGGCGGCGCCGGGGGGCCGCCAGGGGGCGCGGGCGGCGCAGGCGGCACGUGGUGGCGCCGCUGGCAGCCCCGUGUGUGGGCGCUCUUCGAGGACCCCUACUCGUCGCGGGCCGCCAGGUAUGUGGCCUUCGCCUCCCUCUUCUUCAUCCUCAUCUCCAUAACCACCUUCUGCUUGGAGACCCACGAAGGCUUCAUCCAUAUCAGCAACAAGACGGUGACACAGGCCUCCCCGAUCCCCGGGGCUCCACCAGAGAACAUCACCAAUGUGGAGGUGGAGACGGAGCCCUUCCUGACCUAUGUGGAGGGCGUGUGUGUGGUCUGGUUCACCUUCGAGUUCCUCAUGCGCAUCACCUUCUGCCCGGACAAGGUGGAAUUUCUCAAGAGCAGCCUCAACAUCAUCGACUGUGUGGCCAUCUUGCCCUUCUAUCUCGAGGUGGGACUCUCAGGCCUCAGCUCCAAGGCUGCUAAAGACGUGCUGGGCUUCCUGCGGGUUGUCCGCUUUGUCCGAAUCCUUCGCAUCUUCAAGCUCACGCGCCAUUUUGUGGGGCUGCGCGUGCUGGGCCACACACUCCGUGCCAGCACCAACGAGUUCCUGCUGCUCAUCAUCUUCCUGGCGCUGGGCGUGCUCAUCUUCGCUACCAUGAUCUACUACGCGGAGCGCAUUGGCGCUGACCCCGAUGACAUCCUGGGCUCCAACCACACCUACUUCAAGAACAUCCCCAUUGGCUUCUGGUGGGCCGUGGUCACCAUGACGACCCUGGGCUACGGAGACAUGUACCCCAAGACGUGGUCGGGGAUGCUGGUCGGGGCACUGUGUGCCCUGGCGGGGGUGCUCACCAUCGCCAUGCCCGUGCCCGUCAUUGUCAACAACUUUGGCAUGUACUAUUCGCUGGCCAUGGCCAAGCAGAAGCUGCCCAAGAAGAAGAACAAACACAUCCCCCGCCCCCCGCAGCCCGGCUCUCCAAACUACUGCAAGCCCGACCCUCCCCCGCCACCCCCGCACCACCCCCACCACGGCAGCGGUGGCAUCAGCCCCCCGCCCCCCAUCACCCCACCUUCCGUGGGGGUGACUGUGGCUGGGGCCUACCCACCGGGCCCCCACACGCACCCCGGGCUGCUCAGGGGGGGAGCGGGUGGGCUCGGGAUCAUGGGGCUGCCUCCUCUGCCAGCCCCUGGGGAGCCUUGCCCAUUGGCUCAGGAGGAAGUCAUUGAGAUCAACCGGGCAGAUCCACGCCCCAAUGGGGACCCUGCUGCAGCUGCGCUCGCCCACGAGGACUGCCCAGCCAUCGACCAGCCCGCCAUGUCCCCAGAAGACAAGAGCCCCAUCACCCCCGGGAGCCGAGGACGCUAUAGCCGGGACCGAGCCUGCUUCCUCCUCACCGACUAUGCCCCUUCCCCUGAUGGCUCCAUCCGGAAAGCCAUUGGUGCUCCCCCACUGCCCCCCCAGACUGGCGUAAGCCAGGUCCCCCAAGCUUCUUGCCCGACCUCAACGCCAACGCUGCAGCCUGGAUAUCCCCCUAGCGGACGAAUCCCCUUCCCCCGGGGUUACGAGAAAUCCCGCAGCCUGAGCAGCAUCGCGGGCCUGAGCGGGGUGUCCCUGCGCCUGGCGCCCCUUGCCACUCCCCCUGGCUCUCCCAGGGCCGCCCGCCGCGCUCCCCCAACCCUGCCCUCCAUCCUCUAGCGCUCCCCUCCCCCCCGUGGGGGGACUCGGGGGUGACAGGGAAGAAGGUCAAAGGAGCUGGGGGUGGGGGGUGGGGGAAAGGGUUUUUUUUUUUAAAUCAAAAAGUCAUUAAUAAUAUGCAACCGAGACGACGACGCCAGCAGACACCCCCGGACCCCUCACCCCCACCUGGGCCCCCAGGAUGGAGGGGGAGGAGCCAAAGUCCAGCCCCCCCCAACUCUCCACUCCCCCACCCCCAAAUAAAGCCUUCUCAGGUCUCCAUGAGCCAUAGGAAUUCCCGCUCCCAUAAACUCCUGUAAAUAAGUCCAAAUUAUGCCAAUUACAUUUUGGGGCGCCUCUCCCCUACUCUGCAUGCCUCCCUCAACCUGGACCCCGCCCCCAAGUCCACCUCAGCAAUAAGCCGCCAGGGGCUGCAUGCCACGCGACUGAGGGAAGGGGCAUUCUGGGAAGGGGGCGGGGACGUCAAGGGAGUCGGGCUGGCUUUUAAGCCACGCGAGGGUAUCCUAGCCUCCUACCCUUCACCCCAGGAAGGCAACCCAUCACAUUGAUGUAAAAAAUACAUAUAUAUUAGCAACAAUGUGGGGUAAGGAGGAACAGUCAACUCAAGCCCCCAAAACGAGCUGAGCUCAGAUGGUAGAAGCAGAGGCACAGGGCGUGUGCUGUGGACAGCUGCUCCCUCAGCCUUUAGGAGGAUCCCUCUGGUGGAUGUGACCCUUUCAUCCCUCCCCAGACCACCCCCCCAAGGGAUCUGCUCGCCUCUAUUCUUGCUGCAUGGACUCAGACCUCCCAUCUCAGAAUUUCUGGGAUGAUCUGGCCCUAGCACACAAAAUUCCCCAACACCCCCUCCAGAUUACCAGGACAUGAGGCCUGCACCCAGAAUUCCUGAGACCAACCCUGGCACCCCGCAUCCCCUAAAUCGCCACAGGGUCCUGGGACUUAACCUCUGCAUACAGAUGCUGCCCCCAAGCCCCGCCCCACCCAUUGCCUGGACUGCAUCCCAGCACCUCAAAUCUCCAAGACUUAACCCAGCCCUUCAGCUCACUUUCAGCCUUUGGGAUGCUCCAGAUCCUUCCCACACUUGGACAUUUCUUGGACACCACCAAAUCCUCAGGCCUACCCCCCUCCAAAUAUCCCCAAAUCUCUGACAUCAGACAUCCACCUCAGGUUCUCCUGAUGCUAGAAGUUCCAAGAUAGGCUCAACCUGUCUGCAAUUCCAGGGAACCAGACCUUCCCCCCUGCCCGCCCCCCCUCCCCCCCGGGCAUCCCCUUUCUUAUGCCUAGCCCUGCCUCUUCCAAGAGCUCCUCCCCUUAAAUGGUGCCCCAAAGGGACCCUCUUAAUGGACAUCAGUGUUUCCCAGAAGGGGAAUAUUUGGACCCCCGGUGAUGUGCUAAGGUUUUAGGCAGUACAAGGACACUUAAUCUAAAAAGUUUUGUCUGUUAUGGCAUCUUGCACAGAAGCCGGUAAGUCCAGAUACUGCUGCCUGGCCCAGACACCGUUUAUUUAGGGUAGAGUGUUUCCACUUACAGCAGAGGCUGUGCCCCCGUCAAGGGACGCUGGAACAUCAGAAGCUUGGGAAACGACAAAACCUACCGCGGCUGGGACCCCAGCCCACCCUUCCCCGGCAUUCCUCGUCCCGCCAUGCUCGCGGGUGGAAGAUCAUUUCUCAUAUCCCAUCCUGGCUCAAGGAUGCGCUACCUCCCCCAAGCCCAGAGACCACACCGGUCCCAGAAUCCUUAGAGGGGACCUCCCCUUUUGGAGCUGGAGGCCCACGGAAUUAGCAACCUCCCUCCCUCUGCUCCCACGGCCUCAGGAACCCCCCACCCACCCGAGGGUUGGGGGGUGUCACUGAGCACGAUUCUUGAUGCAACGAUUCCUAUGCAAGGGACAUUUUGAGUCCCCCCCAUCCUUCCCUCGGACCCUAAACCCUGGCGAAUCAGGGGUGAGGGGUGGGGCAGGUUCUGGUGGGAGCGGGGUGGGGCGAGGCAAAGGGCUAGGGGCUCCAGACACCAGGGUAUUGGGGUGGGGACUGAUUAUAUUGCCAAAGGGUUUAACUACUUAAAAAAAAAAUAGCCCCCAGAUUCCCCUGACCCUCACGGAAGCCGAACAGUGAGGGGAAAGGGGGUGAGGAUUUUUCCGAAGGGUACAGACCUCUUCCCAACGUCUCCCCCUGCUCGCCAAUCUGCCACACGUACCCAGCUUUUUAGUUCAGCUUUUAAAAAUAAUCACAAUCAUAAACCUCUACAGAACGUGACUCACGUCCUUCACCACCGCCCCCAUCCCCCAAGUCAACAGUGUGGGAUUCGGGGAGGAAGAGCGAGAGCUAAAGGGACAACUUCCAAGUCCCGCUCCCCUUUUCUCCCCGGCCGCCAGGGUGCCUGCAACUACACGCAUGCGCUGCAUGACGCGCUCCCCACACGCAUGUCGCGCCCCUCCUGCGCUCCGGGAACGCACGGACACGGGGCGGGGGGCGGGGCGAUUGGGGAGGAACGAACGGCGGGGGUCUUCCUGAGUUCAGCGGCUCCUCCUCCCCAUCACACACACAGCAAUAAGAUUUUCUCACUCAAAUGUGGGCGGGGCGGGCCUGGCCUGUCGAAGUGGGAGGUGGGAGGAGUGGCGAGGGGGCGCUCUCAGGGAUGGGGGCGGGUGUCCGGAGUCAGUGUGGGGAGGGGAGGUCUGCAAAUCGUCCAACUCUGGUGCUAAUGGCGGGUCUUCUCAGCCCACCCCCAGGGCAGGGAGGGAGGGGUCGGCAUGGCCCCUCCCCCAAGUCUCCCCCACGCCCACCCUGGGUGCAUGAACCGCCCAAUGCAGAAGCUGCCGCAUGUCACCUGCCCUCCCCAAAGAAAAAGUGUCAUGCCCCCUUCCCCCCCACCCUCUCACUUCCCACCAAAAUAAAAGUUUCCU